AGGAGGGAGAGGAAGAACUCAACUCACAGGCAGGACAGAGAGAGAGAGAGACUAGAACUCAACUCACAGGCAGGACAGAGAGAGAGAGACUAGAACUCAACUCACAGGCAGGACAGAGAGAGAGAAAAUAGUGAAAACCUUUGUAGAUCUCUGAAGAAGUGAAGCUACAACUGAAGACUUCAGAAGGAGACAAUCACCAUGGCGAUGUUGACCACUCUUCUGCUUCUCAGCGCUGUUUUUGUUCUGGGAGAUGCAAAGGGUAGCAGAGGGGAUCGGCAUAAACACUGUGACUCAGAGGAACACAUUCAUCAUCCGAAAGAUUGUUCUGAUUCAGAGGAACACAUUCAUCAUCCGAAAGAUUGUUCUGAUUCAGAGGAACACAUUCAUCAUCCGAAAGAUUGUUCUGAUUCAGAGGAACACAUUCAUCAUCCGAAAGAUUGUUCUGAUUCAGAGGAACACAUUCAUCCUCCGAAAGAUCGGUCUGAUUCAGACGAAAACAUUCCUCCUCCGAAAGAUCGGUCUGAUUCAGACGAAAACAUUCCUCCUCCGAAAGAUCGGUCUGAUUCAGACGAAAACAUUCCUCCUCCGAAAGAUCGGUCUGAUUCAGACGAAAACAUUCCUCCUCCGAAAGAUCGGUCUGACUCAGAAGAAAACAUUCCUCCCCGGAAAGAGUGGCAUCACAGAGUCUGCCCAAACGACUGGCCCAGAUAUAAGACACACUGCUAUCACUACGUCCCCUUCAUGACCACAUGGCCAGAUGCAGAGAGGAAAUGUUUGCGCUUGGGAGGUAACCUGGCAUCAGUGCACAGCCUUCCCCAGUAUCGUUUCCUUCAGUCUGUCAUCAGGAAGAGUACCAGGAAAGUCCAGCGCACCUGGAUAGGAGCCAACGACGCCAUCAAGGAGGGUCUCUGGCUCUGGAGCGACGGGUCCAGGUUUAACUACCAGAACUGGGGCCCGGGUCAACCCUCUAACUAUAACCAUGGUGUUAUUAAGGACAACACGAACGGCCGGGAGCAUUGCAUGGAGAUGAACUAUGGAGCUUCUCGUGGCCAGAACGAUGCCCCUUGCUGGUUUACAUUUCCCUUCCUGUGUUCCAGAAAGUUGUGAUGUCCACAUUUUGGAAGAGACGACGUUGGAGAAGCUCUCUAAAGAUGAGAUUGUUUUAAAUAAAGGCACCAUCUGCAAUGUUACCCUUUUGUUCAGUGGUCAUUUAUACAUAACACCAGCUGGAUCCAACUAUUGAACUCUGUAGUGUGAAGUAAAUAACAUCUUUGGUAAAAAUAAACUUUAAACAGUUGCUUCUCACUUUGUAA